UAUUGACCCCUCCUCUUAACACGAUCUCCAAUCUCUCUCUCUCUGAUCGCCGUCUCUAUCUUGCCUCGUCUUUUUUUUUCUUUAAAUUAUUUAUUUAUUUUCCUCUAAAAUAACACUGAGAUAUAAUAAACGGAGCCUAAAUAAAAUCUUUCAAUCCAUAUUUUUGAUAGAUCAAUAAGGCUUCGGUUUUCCUCAGCUGAUCCAGAUCUUAGCCGUUGGCGAUGGCGGCUUCAACUGCUAGUGGCACGGGAUGGUACAAAGGGAGAGUCAAAGCAGUUCCAUCGGGGGAUAGCUUGGUGAUAAUGGCCUUGACCAGUAACAGGCCUGGACCUCCACCUGAGAAAACCAUUACCUUGGCUUCUCUCAUUGCUCCUAGACUGGCCCGAAGAGGAGGUGUUGAUGAGCCAUUUGCCUGGGACAGCAGAGAGUAUUUGAGGAAGCUCUGCAUUGGAAAGGAAGUCACUUUUAGAGUCGAAUAUGCAGUACCAAGCAUAGGCCGAGAAUUUGGGUCUGUCUACCUUGGUGGUGACAAAAAUGUUGCAAUGUUGGUUGUCUCUGAAGGCUGGGCUAAGGUUAGGGAGCAAGGACAGCAGAAAGGGGAAGCAAGUCCUUUUCUUGCUGAAUUGCUACGUCUUGAAGAACAGGCCAAACAACAAGGUGUGGGUCGAUGGAGCAAGGUACCUGGUGCUGCUGAGGCUUCUAUACGUAAUUUACCUCCUUCUGCCAUUGGUGACCCAAGUAACUUGGAUGCCAUGGGUCUUCUGGCUGCAAAUAAGGGCAGUCCAAUGCAAGGUAUUGUUGAGCAGGUUCGCGAUGGUAGUACUGUUCGAGUCUAUUUGCUUCCAGAUUUUCAGUUUGUGCAGGUCUUUGUUGCUGGCAUCCAGGCCCCUUCAAUGGGUAGAAGGGCUGCUGCCGAAACUGUUGUUGAAACAGAUUUGACUUCUGAUGAACAAAAUGGAGAUGCUUCAGCUGAGCCACGGGCUGCCUUAACAUCAGCACAGAGGCUUGCUGCAUCAUCGACAGCUUCUUCUGAAGUUUCUUCUGAUCCGUUUGGACCAGAAGCAAAAUAUUUUACAGAAGUUCGCUGUUUGAAUAGAGAGGUUCGUAUUGUCCUCGAAGGUGUAGACAAAUUCAGCAAUUUGAUUGGGUCAGUUUAUUAUCCUGAAGGUGAUACGGCAAAAGACCUCGCUUUGGAGCUUGUGGAAAAUGGUCUAGCAAAAUAUGUUGAAUGGAGUGCUAAUAUGAUGGAGGAUGAUACCAAGCGGCGUUUGAAGUCUGCAGAGCUUCAAGCCAAGAAGGCUCGGCUGAGGAUGUGGACAAACUAUGUACUGCCAGCUACAAAUUCCAAGGCAAUUCGUGAUCAAAACUUCACAGGAAAGGUUGUGGAGGUUGUUAGUGGGGACUGCAUUGUUGUGGCUGAUGAUUCUAUCCCUUAUGGCAGUCCUCUUGCUGAGCGCCGAGUCAAUCUUUCAAGCAUUAGAUGUCCAAAAAUGGGCAAUCCUCGAAGAGAUGAAAAGCCAACUGCCUAUGCCCGUGAAGCAAGGGAAUUUUUAAGAACACGCCUUGUAGGAAAACAGGUGAGUGUACAAAUGGAAUAUUCCAGGAAAGUCCCCAUGGCAGAUGGAGCUCCUGCUGCAUCUGCAGAUUCAAGGGUAAUGGAUUUUGGCUCAGUCUUCCUCCUGUCUCCCGUCAAGGGUGACGGUGAUGAGGUUUCUGCAGCAAACGCAUCUGCAGCUGGCAGCCAGCAGCCUGGCCUGAAUGUGGCCGAGUUGGUUGUUGGACGUGGCUUUGGCACUGUGAUAAGACAUAGAGAUUUUGAGGAAAGAUCAAACUAUUAUGAUGCCCUUCUGGCUGCUGAAUCCCGUGCUAUUUCUGGGAAGAAGGGAAUUCAUUCUGCGAAGGAUCCUCCAGUCAUGCACAUUCAAGACCUUACAAUGGCAUCAGCCAAGAAAGCUAGGGAUUUCCUGCCAUUCCUGAAUCGUGGCAGGAUUCCAGCUAUUGUGGAAUAUGUCCUAAGUGGUCAUCGUUUCAAGUUGUUGAUCCCAAAGGAAACUUGUAGCAUUGCCUUUUCAUUUUCUGGUGUCAGAUGUCCUGGUCGCGAGGAGCCCUACUCAGAUGAAGCCAUAGCUCUGAUGAGACGAAAGAUCAUGCAGAGAGAUGUGGUGGUUGAAGUGGAAACUGUCGAUAGAACUGGAACAUUUUUGGGAUCUUUGUGGGAGUCAAAAACCAAUGUGGCUGUGACGCUUCUUGAGGCUGGCCUGGCUAAGCUACAAACUUCAUUUGGUAGUGAUAGGAUUCCUGAUGCUCAUCUUCUUGAACAGGCUGAGCUAUCUGCCAAGAGGAAGAAGCUGAAAAUUUGGGAGAGUUAUGUUGAAGGAGAGGAAGUUUCCAAUGGACCUGCCACUGUUGAAAACAAACAAAAAGAACUGCUACAGGUGGUGGUUACAGAAAUAUUGGGUGGCGGAAAAUUUUAUGUCCAGACAGUGGGAGAUCAGAGAGUAUCAGCUAUCCAAAAACAGCUUGCAUCUUUAACUAUCCAAGAAGCUCCUGUGAUUGGUGCCUUUAACCCUAAGAAGGGUGACAUCGUCCUUGCUCAGUUUAGUAUGGAUAAUUCCUGGAAUCGUGCAAUGAUUGUCAAUGCACCUCGAGGAGGAGUUCAAUCUCCUAAUGACAACUUUGAAGUGUUUUAUAUUGAUUACGGGAAUCAAGAGGAGGUUCCAUACAGUCAAUUACGACCUCUUGAUCCUUCAUUAUCAGCGUCUCCUGGGCUUGCUCAGCUAUGUAGUCUUGCAUUCCUUAAAGUUCCGAGCCUGGAUGAUGAAUUCGGUACCGAAGCUGCUCAGUUUUUGAGUGAGCAGACAAUGGGAAGCUCACUGCAGUUUAAUGCUAUGAUAGAGGAAAGGGAUGUUUCUGGCGGGAAAGUCAAGGGAAAAGGAACUGGCACCGUUCUCAUUGUAACUCUCGUUGCUGAGAAGUCAGACCUUAGCAUUAAUGCUGCAAUGCUCCAGGAGGGACUAGCUAGGUUGGAGAAAAGGAAGAGAUGGGAAUCCAAGGAUAGAAAAUCGGUGAUUGACAAUUUAGAGAACUUUCAGAAAGAGGCAAAAACUGGUAGGCGUGGAAUUUGGCAAUAUGGAGAUGUGGAUUCGGAUGAUGAUGAGGAUCUCCCUACACUUGCAGCAGCUGCUGCUAAGAAGACUGGGGCUGGUCGCCGAUAGAUAUAUUAAUAUUAAUCACUUGAAGGUAAACCCCGCCUUCACUUUGGGGGUUAUGAUUACCCCAAAUGAGUACUUUUAGUAGUUUUAUAGGUAGUUAAAAGAGCACCUAGAAGAGAUUCUCAGCCUAAACUUGCUUAAAUUUUGACUGCUUUUCUUUUUUCUUUUUCUUUAUUUAAUCUUUUAUUUUUGGUAGCGCGGCUGACAGUUGUUUUGAACAUGUUUAAAUAAGGUUGAACUGUAGCACUUCUCUUUUGUUUCCAUGCGAGGACGUUAUAGACAUUUUCUUUUCCCCGUUGGAAAUAGUUUAUGGAUGUUUUCUUGUUAUCUUC